AUGUCUGAACAUGUGGAAACGUCGUCACCGGCGACUAUAGUCUCAGCUCUUCUAAAGACUAUCGAGCAUUUCAUCAUACCACUUACACGCAAAGGCGUCUCAUCAGGCUCCAAGCUGUUCGGGGCCGCAAUUCUCGCAAGACAUGACGUAAAGCCGCUAACAGUUGCCACAAACAACGAGCGUGUUUCACCCCUCUUUCAUGGCGAGAUCGCGUGCAUCCAGCAAUUUUUCACCAUCGACUAUCCCGAUUCAACAACAAGACCGGACCCAGGUAGAGACUGCAUUUUCCUCGCCACCCAUGAGCCAUGUAGUCUGUGCCUGAGUGGCAUCACGUGGUCAGGCUUCACCGAAUUUUACUAUCUCUUCACUUAUGAGGACAGUCGGGAUCUGUUCUCCAUUCCAUACGACAUCGACAUCCUGGAACAGGUUUUCCGCGUGCAAGGCGAGGAAACGGACGACCAAAUGAGAAAAAGGCCGCUGUACAAUCGAAAGAACAAGUUCUUCACUGCCAAGUCAUUGCUGGAUGUGAUAGAGGAGAUCAAAGAGGAGAAGCAGCGCAGUAAUUUGGUGGCCGAAGUAAACAGAGUGAAAGCUUUGUAUAAUGCAUUGAGCCGGACGUAUCAGACUGGAAAGGAAGCUGGAUGCAUUGCGCAUCAUACGAGUUUACCAAAAUAUGAGACGAUUUGA